GCACCCUCAGUCAAGGGACAURGAAGCGGUGCCGGCGUCGCAGCCGACCGUGGGCACUCCUCCUUAAGCAAUGCGCAAGCGCGGGGCUGGGCCGCUUUCUUCCGAGCUGGACGGAGAUGGCGGCAGCGGAGAGUGUUUCCCCGGAGCUGGCGGCUUCGGAGCAGCCGGGGGAGCUGCCUGCCUCGGUGCGGGCGAGCAUCGAGCGGAAGCGGCAGCGGGCGCUGAUGCUGCGUCAGGCCCGGCUGGCAGCCCGGCCCUACCCGGCGACGGCGGCUGCGGCCACUGGAGGUGUGGCUAAUGUAAAAGCAGCCCCCAAAAUAAUUGACACAAAAGGAGGCUUUAUUUUAGAAGAGGAAGAAGAAGAAGAACAUAAAAUUGGAAACAUUGUUCAUCAACCAGGACCUGUUAUGGAAUUUGAUUAUGUAAUAUGUGAAGAAUGUGGGAAAGAAUUUAUGGAUUCUUAUCUUAUGAAACACUUUGAUUUGGCAACUUGUGAUAACUGCAGAGAUGCUGAUGAGAAACACAAGCUUAUUACCAAAACAGAAGCAAAACAAGAAUACCUCCUGAAGGACUGUGAUUUAGAAAAAAGAGAACCAGCUCUUAAAUUUAUUGUGAAGAAGAAUCCUCAUCAUUCACAAUGGGGUGAUAUGAAACUCUACUUAAAAUUACAGAUUGUGAAGAGGUCCCUUGAAGUUUGGGGUAGUCAGGAAGCACUAGAAGAAGCAAAGGAAGUGAGACAAGAAAACAGAGAAAAAAUGAAACAAAAGAAGUUUGAUAAAAAAGUAAAAGAAUUGCGCCGGGCAGUAAGAAGCAGUGUAUGGAAAAGAGAAUUGACUGCUCAUCAACAUGAGUAUGGACCAGAAGAAAACUUAGAAGAUGACAUGUACCGCAAGACUUGUACUGUGUGUGGCCAUGAACUGACAUAUGAAAAAAUGUGAUUUUUUUUAGUUUCACUUGACAUUUUUUAACAGAAAUUUAUAUUUAAAUAAAGGAAAUUAGAUUGGCUUUAUUCAGAAUUCA